AAGUUAUGGGAAUAUCCGAGUGACUUGUCCUCCGGGCAGUGAGGAGGAGGGAGGAGGGAGGAGGGAGGAGGGAGGAGGAGGGUGGUCUCUUUCCCACACGCAGCCGAGGUCAAUGCGGUCCGCUUCCCUGCAGCGGGAGCCAUGAACAGCGGCGGCUCGGCCAACUUUCUGCUGGUGCCCAUCCCCGAAUACCCGCUGCUGGACUGCGUGCCCAACAAGACGGUGAAGAUCGCGGUGCUGGGAGCCAGCAACGUCGGCAAAACCGCUCUCGUCGUCAGGUUUCUGACGAAACGUUUCAUCGGAGACUACGAAGCCAACACCGGGGCGCUCUACUCCAGAAAGGUGACCCUAGAUGGCGAGGAGGUGUCGCUUCAGAUCCAGGACACGCCCUGCGUGGCUCUGCAGGAUGAAGCCGAGGGACUCUACUGCCAGGAGCAGAUCAACAGGUCCAUCUACUGGGCCGACGGCUACGUGCUGGUCUUCUCCAUCACGGAUCACAGCAGCUACCGCACCAUCCAGCCUCUGUACCAACACGUCAGACGCAUCCACCCGUCUGGAAACAUUCCCGUCAUACUGAUCGGCAACAAGAGCGACCUGCUUCGGGCCCGACAAGUGCCGGCGGACGAAGGAGAGACGUUAGCAUCGUCGCUAGGGGGCGUAUACUUUGAGGCCUCGGCCAGGGAGAACCACGAGGGCGUCCACGCCGCCUUCCUCCAACUUUGCCAAGAGGUGUUCCGGGCGUUGGGGGGCGGCAACGGAGAGAAACGGCGGGGCGGCCUCCACCUGGCCCGGCCCAAAUCUCCCAACAUGCAGGAGCUGAAGAGGAGGUUCAGGCAGGUCCUGUCCUCCAAAGUCAAAUCGGCCGCCGCUCUCUGACGAGCCAGACCGUCGCAAAGUCCGGGAUUUAAAAGAACUCCUCCAGACGGAUCAACGUUUCAAGUGAACUUUCCGCAAGCGCCGCUUCUCUUCCGGGAACCCUCCUCAGCCCCCCCCCCCCCAACCGUGACCCUGAAUACGGAAAAAAAGAUCCAAAAUAGAAGCGGCCCUGAAAAUAUCUGCAUCCGAGGCUAAAGCGGAAAGUUGAGCGUAACAAAACAAAUGAUAGCGACGACUCUGGAAUGGAGCUGCGAUCCACCCCCCCUCCCCCACUUGUUCCCCCCCCCCUCCCCCACUCGCCGGAACCAACCCGUCCAAUGAAAACAUUUUGCCGUCGUCGGCCGUCAGCUUGCCUCGCGCUUCCAAGUACGACGCAAUGCGACGUUUCCAUCACCCCCCCCCCCCCCCCCCGACAAACAAACAGCUUUUACUCUUAUCCAUAAAAACAAAACAAACCACAAAAAAAAAACAUUGAAAAAUGGAGCGUGGGGAAGUAAGAACGUAAAGUGUUGGCAAAGCUGCUGUUCUCAUGACCUCCUGACAUCCGCCCAAAUUCCCAAUUGUCUUUUGCCGAGCGUGCGCUUGUACACGUACCCCACCCUGCAACUUGGGGUCGUUUAUCCACUUUGACCCCCCCCCCCAAUAAGGUUUGUCAGGGUGGGACUGCAGGAGAAGAAUGUCGGGGGGGGGGGGUAUCAAAUGACGUUAGCCGAUGAAUGUGGACGAAAUGUGUCGCUGCGCAAUCGCUGCUUAUUUGCGCGCAGCUCACGCGACCUUUAUGAGGUCACAAUUCAGAACCGAGCACUGUUUCCUUUUUGGGUCGAGAGGCGUCAAGCGCCCGCGAUGAAAAGAAGACGCGGAUGUGACGUUAGCGCAGGUGUCAAAUGUAAGGCCCGGGGGCCAGAUCCGGCCUGCCGCAUGAUUAGAUUUGGCCCGCGAAGGCAAAUGUAGUGUCAUUUCACAAAUUUCAAAUUGUCACAUAUCGUAAAUGAUAAAGUUGUAAUCUAAUGUUUCUCAUAACAUUUGGGGGAGGGAGAGUGCAGUUAUACCUGCUUGUUCACCCCCCCCCAAAAAAAAAAAGAAACCAAAAAUUUUAGUUUUCCGUUUCACAUUUUCUUGACCAAGAAUAAAAUAUUUGAGGGUACUAAGCAAAGCAAAUGGAUUUGUAUAAUAUAGUAGAAACAAAUUUUUCAAUGUCCCUUCAGGGGCUCGGUCUAUUUAAAAUGCUCUAAAAACACUAAAAAUGAUAAAGAAAAAGGUCCAAAAAAAAAAAAAAAAAAGCAAA